AUGCGCACGUACGUGGAGGAGCAGGUGCGAUGCCCGAGGAAGCAAUGGAUUUACGAGAUCCUUGAGGGGACGCGAGAGAAGGAGGCGGUGCUAGUUGAGACUGCUGACAUGAUCUUCCUCCCUGACACCGAGGCUCGCAACGACAAGGAUACAGUCAACUGGUUGGCAAUCAUCAAGGAUCGCUCCCUCCGAUCCCUCAGGGACUUGCGCGGCGAGCAUGCGGAUAUGCUGCAGCGGGCUCAGACAACCUGCGUCGACUACAUCUUGAACACGAGAAACUUUGACAAGCACGACGUGAUGGCGUACAUCCACUACCUGCCGAGCGUCUUCCAGCUCCACAUUCACUUCUGCGCGCCUUAUGGCUCCUAUACCGCAAGGGACGCGAUCUACAAGCUCCAUCCCCUCGACAACGUGAUCUCAAACUUGCGCAUCGACUCGGACUACUACCGCAAAGCUCACAUCAGCACUGUAGUCACUGAGAGGGCGCUGAUCGACAUCUACAGCAAGGAAGAGAUUCAUGAAGCAGAGCCGGUGAGCCCGCAGAGUAUGAAGCAGAUCUCUAGCUCCUUGGACAACUAG